AGAGCUCUGCAGCACCGCGUGACGUCUUGUGAGCUUCGCUCGCUGGCCUCGGGAAGGGCGGGACCAGAGUGUCUCAGAACCGUUUAGCCGCUCACUCUGGAGAAAGAGCUAACGAGACAGUCGCACUAGCCAAUCGCAGCCGGAGUUUACAGGCCGGGACUGGGUGGAGAUUUCACCGACUGCAGUUGCAGUUCUAAGAACAGGUGGAAUUAGCUAUGGAUAAUUCAUACAAUUUAAAUGAACAAAGCUCAUGGAAUGGAAUCUCAUCUGAGAAGAAAAAGAAUUACCUUGCAUCAGAAGAUCAUGGACAGAAAAUCUUAUGUGUGCUACAGAGUUUUAGAGAACAGAAUGUCUUUUAUGACUUCAAAAUAAUCAUGAAAGAAGAAAUAAUCCCAUGUCAUCGUUGUGUGUUGGCUGCAUGCAGUGACUUUUUCAGGGCUAUGUUCGAAGUAAACAUGAAAGAAAGAGAUGAUGGAAGUGUUACCAUUACUAACUUGUCCUCCAAAGCUGUAAAGGCAUUUCUUGACUAUGCCUAUACGGGAAAAACAAGAAUAACAGAUGAUAACGUGGAAAUGUUCUUCCAGUUGUCAUCCUUUCUUCAGGUUUCCUUCCUGUCCAAAGCUUGCAGUGACUUUUUAAUAAAAAGCAUCAGUCUGGUCAAUUGUUUGCAUUUGUUAUCUCUGUCAGACAGCUACGGCUCUGCCCAGUUGUUCAGUCACACUUUAUAUUUUGUGCAGCAUCACUUUCAUUUGUUGUUUAAAUCCAAAGACUUUUUAGAAAUGAAUUUUGGAGUGCUGCAAAAGUGUCUGGAAUCAGAUGAAUUGAAUGUACCUGAAGAAGAAAUGGUCCUAAAGGCUGUCCUCACAUGGAUUAAGUACAACUUAGAGUCCAGGCAAAAACACCUGCCUCACUUGAUUACCAAAGUAAGAUUACAUCAGUUAUCUGAGAACACACUUCAAGACUGUUUGCUCAAUGAAGAGUAUUUACUCAAAAGCACAAACUGUUUUGACAUAAUCCUGGAUGCUAUUAAGUGUGUACAAGGUUCUAGUGGCCUCUUUCCUGAUGCUCGACCAUCCACAACUGAAAAAUAUAUAUUCAUCCAUAAAACUGAGGAAAAUGGGGAAAAUCAAUAUACAUUUUGCUAUAAUAUUAAAACUGACUCCUGGAAAAUAUUGCCACAAUCCCAUCUGAUUGAUUUGCCAGGAUCUAGUCUGUCUAGCUAUGGAGAGAAAAUAUUCUUGACAGGUGGUUGCAAAGGGAAGUGCUGUAGAAGGAUUCGACUUCAUAUUGCGCAGUCUUACCAUGAUGCCACUGACCAGACCUGGUGCUACUGUCCAGUUAAAAAUGAGUUUUUCUGGGUUUCAACCAUGAAAACCCCAAGAACCAUGCAUACAUCAGUCAUGGCUCUCAAUCGAUUAUUUGUUAUAGGUGGAAAAACUAGAGGAUCCCAGGACAUUAAAAGUCUCUUAGAUGUUGAAUCUUAUAAUCCACUGUCCAAAGAGUGGACAUCAGUUAGCCCAUUACCCAGAGGCAUCUAUUACCCAGAAGCCAGUGCAUGCCAGAAUAUCAUUUAUGUCCUUGGAUCUGAGGUAGAGAUUGCCGAUGCUUUCAAUCCAUCACUUGAUUGCUUUUUUAAAUAUAAUGCUGUAACUGACCAGUGGUCUGAACUAGUAGCAGAGUUUGGGCAAUUUUUUCAUGCUACUUUAAUUAAAGCAGUCCCAGUAAACUGCACCCUUUAUAUAUGUGAUCUUUCCACCUAUAAGGUAUAUAGUUUUUGUCCUGAUACUUGUGUUUGGAAAGGAGAAGGGUCUUUUGAGUGUGCAGGCUUUAAUGCAGGUGCAAUUGGAAUUGAGGAUAAGAUUUACAUAUUAGGUGGAGAUUAUGCACCAGAUGAGAUCACAGAUGAAGUGCAGGUCUACCACAGUAAUAGGUCAGAGUGGGAAGAGGUGUCACCAAUGCCAAGAGCUUUAACUGAAUUUUACUGUCAGGUCAUUCAGUUCAACAAAUACAGGGACCCAUGGUAUUCAAAUCAUUUCUAAAAGUAAUAUAUGCAUGAGCGCUCUAAAGUUGAACCUAGUAGAAUUGGUUAAAAAUAUGUAUAACUCAGCACAAUGAAAUGUUCCUUGUAUUAAAGAAUGACUAUAGAUGUAUGCUCUCAAUAUAUAGACAGUUCCCAGAAGUUUAAAAUACAAAAUACAUUAUACCAAAGUUUUGUUGAAUAUAAAUUCAUUUUCAAUAAUCCAGAAUAUAUAGUAUUUUCUUAUGUAAAUAAAAAUUACAGAUUUAUGCCCAUUUAAGUUAAAGGAUGGGAAAAAAAUCUGUGUAGAAGGGAAAAUUUUCUUGAAGUGAAAAUGGCUUAUAUACUGCAUAUUGUGUGACAUGAAGAUAAAUUAGAAGUAGAUGAGAAAUUCACAUUGAGCACUCUGGUGUAAGAAUUGUUGAAUCCCUACUGUUUUCUGCUUGCUGGUUGAAUGAUUUCAUUUCACCUUUGUGUGGACAGAAAUUUUCCACAAUAUACUUUUUCAUCUUUCUGGUCAAUAUACUAAUAGUUUGGCUUUACUAUUAUUGUAUAUAAUAUUAUAUACAUGUAAUAUAUUUUUGUUAUUAAGAAUGUAUUGGAGCACAUUGUUUUUGCUAAGUCGUUGCAAUUAAUUUUUUUAAAUUUCUGGUCCUAUUUGUUUUCACUGUCAUCUUGAGACUUAGCUUUUAGUAACAUCUUGGCACUCAUUUUCUGGUUUACAUUUAAUAGUUUUACACUUUUUAUUAUCAUUCUAAAUGGCACCAAGCCUGAGUGAACUCACUGAGUCCUUACAAUUUGAAAUGAUAUUUUAAAAGUACUUUUUCUACAACAUUAGUGCCUGUUUUCCAACAAAGAGGAUAUAGAAAUUUUUAACUCUAGAGAAGUUGGUCAUUAUUAAGUCAGCAUACAAAGUAGCUGGUUUUAUUGUGACAUUUUUAUUCAUGUUUGUCAUUAUACUUUAGUUCCUAUUCCAUAUCCCUCUCCCACUUCUUCAAUACAUCCUGCAAGUCCCACACUAGGUGCUUUCUUCCUGCCAGAUACUAGUUCCUUUUUCAUUUCCAGUUCACAUGCUCUCCUCCCUUAAAAUCUCUUCCUUCAGAGUCAUCUAUCUACACCCUCUCAAACACACACACACACACACACACACACACACACACACACACAGCACAGAUAUAGAAACAUCUAGAUUUAGUAUGAGAGAAAACAUAAAACAUUUGUCUUUCUGGAUUUGGCUUAUUUCACUUACCAUAUUGAUCUCUAGUUCCAUCCAUUUUCCUACAGAUGCUCUGAUUUCAUUCUUGACAGCUGAGUAUAAUUUCAUUGUGAAUAUACCCAACAUUUUCUAUAACCAUUCAUUGAUAGACAUCUAGGCAGAUUCCUCAGUGUUGUGAACAAUGUAACAAUAAACAUAAAAGUUAACUAACCCUUUGUGUGGUUAACCAGGAGCUGCACGGAGGUUCCAGGUUUUAAUAACUUACCUGGCAUGGACAUUAAUUUUAUUUAAAGUAUUCCAAGUGAAUUACCCUCUCAAAGAAAUUGUAGGACUUUUGAUACUGAUAAUUUCAAAAUGUAUGUUUAUGUCACCUUUAACCAGAACAUGAGUGUCCUUGUUUCUGAGAAAAGUUGUUCUGCUUUGCAAGAGACACGCUUAUUUAACUGCUCUAUUUAAUAUUAGAUAUUAAACAUUAAUAUCUAUUAGAUAUUGCCAUUUUAGGUUUUAAGACCCCUGAUUUACAUCUCAAAAAUUAUAUAGUUUGCACAACUCAGAACUAUGCUACACACUGUAAAUCUUAAUUUGUAGUAACUGUGCAAUUAAAAUUUACCUAAAUGAAAAUCCUUCUACUUUACCACAUGUAUUUUCAAAAUCAGACUCUCAAAUGUCAGUCACAGAAUAUAUGUUUUUUAAGCACAUAGUCAGGGGACUCUGCCCUUUUGUGUACUUAAUAAAAAGAAAGUUCAGUAGA